AGCAACGGCUGUGCACUACAGAGUGAGGCUUGAGCUGAGAGAGCUGCCUGUCAGGUUCUAUCCAUUUGCCUGAACACUCUCUGCCGAGAAAGGGCUUGUCUUUAUUAACAAAGGGGCUGUCUAUCCCAGCGUAAGUGCCUUCUUUUCUCUGCUAAGGUGCCCCCUUGAAGCUGUCACCCUGAAGUUUCUGGCAGUCCUAUUGGUGGCAGGAAUGCUUGCAUUCCUGGGUGCCAUCAUAUGCAUUAUAGCAAGUGUCCAUCCAGCAGCCAAGGGACCUGUCCUUGGUGCUGACAAUGAAUCUGCUUCUACAGCUCCAAUGGAGAAGAGCUUGGGAGCUCUCCAUGGUGUUAAAACCUUGUAUGGCACCAAAGAUUCCUUUCUGGAGGUCUCGGGUUCCAAGAGCCAGGCCCCUCCAAGCUUCAGCAGGCUCCUGUGCACCCCCCUGGAAAUGGAGUGCCCGUCUGAUGUACAGAGAGAUGCCCCGCAGCCUCCUGGAGAAGAGGUGCUCUCUUUGCAGAGCACAGCAGAACAGCUGAGACAGACUGUGUUACAGCAGAAAAAGCAGAUCCUCACUGACCAAGAGGCCAUAAGGGAGCUGACCGGUAAGCUCAGUCGCUGUGAGAAUGGCUUGGACAAGAGUUAUCGGGAGGGUGCAGAUGGCUGGGGACCCAAGGAAGGAGCUAUGGGAGAUCUGCCCCUCGACUCCCCUCAGGCAGUGCAGGAGCUGGAAGAGGCAGUCAGGACACUGAAAGAUCGCAUUGAGAAAAUUGAGACGGAGAUUCAACAACGAGUGAAUAAUGCAUCUUCUCCAACCUCAGCCUCACCAUCCCCUCUUCAUGGACGUGAUUCCCUGCAAUCCAAGAUGCUAGAGCUGGAAGCCCAACUUCUGGCCAAGCUUCAGGAACUAGAGAAGGAACAGACCACAGCCUCUGGAGAAAGAGACAAACAGGAUAUAGAGAAAGAACUAAGCAUUUUACAGAAUCGCAUUGCAGAACUAGAACAUGGAAACCCAGGGUACAACCCUGAAAAUUUCAAGCUCAGCUUUUCAGUCCGUACCAACUACAUGUAUGGGCGUGUGAAGAAGACUCUUCCAGAGCUUUAUGCGUUCACCAUCUGUAUGUGGUUGAAAUCCAAGGCAUCUGCAGGGUCCGGAACUCCCUUCUCUUACUCAGUACCGGGUCAGCCUAAUGAAAUUGUGUUGUUAGAAUGGGGGCACAAUCCAAUGGAGCUUCUUAUCAAUGACAAGGUCACACAGUUGCCUCUGAGCCUAAAAGAUGGGAUGUGGCAUCAUAUCUGUGUAGCCUGGACCACGAGGGAUGGCAUGUGGACAGCUUUCCAGGAUGGGAAGAAAAAAGGCUCCAAAGAGAACCUCUCUGCUUGGCAUCCCAUCAAACCCAAUGGAGUUAUUAUAUUAGGACAAGAGCAGGACACAUUAGGUGGUCGUUUUGAUGCAACACAGGCAUUCGUGGGUGAAGUGGCACAGUUGAACAUGUGGGAUCGAGUUCUGACCCAGACAGAAAUAGAGGGCAUCGCCAACUGUACAGCACCUCUUGUAGGUAACCUCGUUCACUGGGAAGACCGCCAAGUGGAUGUUUUCGGAGGAGCCACAAAGGGGAUAUUUGAAAGCUGCGAGGAGCGCCUUGGCCACUGAAUUACCUGAGCAUCCAAGCUUUCCUCCUGCACCCUACCUUCCCUUUAGUGUCACCAUUGCAGGAUUGUGCAGCUAUCAACAAGACAGCACAAAUUUGAGUUACCAGCAACACUUUCAAAAUGAGUAAUGUUUGUGGUUAGUAAAAGGGUUUAGGAUGAAAUCUUUUCCAGAUAAUCUUAAAGCAGACAUCUUAAUUAUGGCAUCUUUUUCCUCUUACCUAACCACAGGCUGUUGACUUCCACUAGCUGAUAAUAAAUGAGUUGCAUUAUCCUGGGCUCAGAGUCCUGCAGUAACAGCAACACUUCAGUAACCAAUAGCACAAGCACAAUGUCAGCACAAGAAAUUCUUGCUGUUCACCUUACUGCCAGUACAUUAGGCAGCUUAAUGUUUCAUCAGUUUAAUAUGUUCUGAGAAAACACUUUUAGCAUUUUAUCUACACAAAUCCCUGCUCCUCUUGGCCCAUGAGAUAUUGAUGUAGGCUACAGAUUGGGAACAGUCUGCCAAAACAAUAAUGGGAGUAGCAGGAUGAAAAUCACGCUGAAAAUAGGCUGUUUUCUCUUUCAUUAAAAGGGAAAGGCUAGAACACUGGACCAUUUAACAACAUAUGAUAGAAUACAUAUUUCUCUCAUGCCACACAUAUUUUAUAGAGAUAAUUGCAAUUUUCCCACAAAAAUUCAAGGUACAGUGCACACAGGGAAAGGUUAUAUUUUCUAUUUACCUUUAAAGUGUGGGCAAAGCCCAACUUCAGAUUAUUUAUAUUUUAUACAUCGUAAAAUAUUUUAAGAACAAUUGCCUUACAAACCUACCAAACAAUAAAGUAUUUAACCUAGCACAUAUUCUUUCUUUUCUUUUUAGUUUUUAUUUUAUUCUUAUUUAUUACAUUUCUAUUUUUCACCUUCAAACAAUUCAAAGAAAGCUAAGUGAAAAAAAUAAAAAUACUAUAUUCUAUACUUUUAAACAUUUGAGGGUAUAAGAAUUUCAUUUAUUUUUGUAUUUUUAUUCUUAAAUUUCCCUGACUGGUGAAUUUUAAAUGGACAAAUUUUAAUACAAUAUAACUACAAGAUUGUGGUGAGAGUAUUUCAACUACUGUAAAUAAUCAACUUCUAAGAUAGCUGCUUUAAGACAUAGCUCUAGGAGAACAAAGAACAUUAAUAUCUGUAACUCAGAGAUCCUCCCUUGUCCGUACAUAAGCUUCAUGGGGCUGCAAUCAUGUAAUCUCUAUGGUUCUACUUUGUGAUAUCACAAUAUUGACUCACUGUGACAUAAGACAUCACUGCCAUUUUCUCUUUCAGAGUUCUUCCAUAUUUCUAAACUAUUUCACUUCUUAUAUAAAUGUAUUGUGUUAACUUUGAAGGUUUCUCUUAAAAGUUCAUCAGGACCACAAGAAUAUAUUCUUUCUUGCUUUUUCAUAUUCUCUCAUUUCUUCCUUCCAUUGCCCUAUCCCACCUUCCUCCCAUCCCAAUGUCUUUAAAUUGUCCUAAUUCUCCUUGAAUUCUACUUGCUUGAUCUUUUGGAACAUUUGUGAAUUGAAUUGUGUCUAUUUUGUAUAUUAUCAGUGCUGGAAAUAAAGAUGGAAUUGUGUUUGUUUA